AACAUCAUCAUCUGGAUUUCACAAGGAAAAGUACAUAUUAGAAAAGUUACACUUAUAAUUUGUGCAGCAGAAAUACAUUUUCCUCUGUUUGUGCUUUUCUGGGAGGCAUUGGACGUCCAGCCUGGCGUCCUGAUCUUCUGUGACGAUCCAUCUGUGGUUAUGGCUGUCAACAGCGCUGUUAACAAGUUCAACGACAGGCUGAGCACCGGAUACAAGCUGGCCCUCUAUCAGAUACUAACAGCCAGCAAGUCAGAGAAUGGCUCAGACUCGGUGUACUCACUGCAGUUCACCAGCAGGAGGAGUGACUGUCCAGCUGGGAGCAACAUACCCUGGACAGACUGUGGCUACCUGCCUCAGGGACGCAAGGAGCCGAUGUCAUGCAACGCCACAGUCUACAUGACAGAGACUGAAGCUGACACUACACAGGUGGACUGCCUGCUCGAUGAUCCCGUUGUUUCAGAGAGAGCUCCCUGUUUGGGCUGCCCUGAGGAGAUAGAUGAGGACUCAGAGGAACUUAGGGUUCCUGUUAUUGCCUCCCUCUCCAAGUACAACUCCAUGUCCAACUCCGCUCACCUGUUCACCCUGCACAGUAUCGGCCAUGCCACCAGACAGGUGGUGGCAGGUUUCAGGUUCAAGUUGAGGUUUGAUAUGAGGAAGACCAUCUGCGCCAAGGCUGAACACAAAGACCUCCACGAACUGUGUGUCCCUGAUGAUCAGGAUAAGGAGUUUGCUCACUGUAACUCUACAGUGGAUGUAGCACCAUGGAGACUUGAGGCCCCACAGGCACAGAUGGAAUGUGACGCAGGGGCCCUGCCUCCCUCGUUGUUCACCAGGCGCCGUCCUCCAGGCUGGUCUCCACUCAGGAAUCUUCUGUAUAAUAGAUCCCCCCCAACCUCAGCUUCAUCCGUACCCUCCUCCACCAAGGCUUCAGCCAAAGAAGAAUCUUCUGAGGAGGACACCACAGCCCCCAAGCCGUCCACCUCCCCUGACGCGGCUGCAGAGGCUGCGAACAACAGCCCCUUCCACUGCCCGGCCAAGCCCUGGAAAACCUUCAAUCCCGUUCAACCUGCAGCUCCUACGAAGGCUGCUGCAGAGGACGGCAGCCAACAGCCCACAGUAGACGGGGCCUUUAGCGAUAUAGACCUGCUGGGGUAGAUUUAUCCUCAAGGGAAACACAUUUAUAUUCAAAUUAAUCUCACUUGUCAUGUUCUCCCAUCAGAAAUCUAUUUGUUUAUUUUGAAGACAAGUCCUCAAGUUGCAUUUGUAGGGAUUUCUUUUUAGAAGGAACAUCCUCAGGGGUGUUAUGAAGAUUUACAACUACACAUGUGAAAUCUUAAUAAAAUAAGCAGUUUAGGUUAAAAAAAAGGAGCCUUGUAACUCCUCAGUAAGCACUGGAAAAAAGGACUAAAAAUUAUGACAGAACUCUAGAUUGUUAUCACAUCAAUUGCUAGUUACACGAGGAAAACCAGUGUCAGUUUGAGUAAAUCAAAAUAAUGAGCAAUUAAUUUUCUCAGUGUCGAUUCAUUAGAGAUGUGAGAACAUGGAAAAAAGUACAUCGUAAACCUGUCAUUGUCAAACAGGAAAAAUUUGUAAGAAAAUAAAAAAGUCCUGUGCUGGUUUCAGUGUGAACAUAAAAGCACCUCAUUCACAACAAAUAAUAAAUAUUCAGCUCUGUUUUAUCAUGAGAAAUAGUUAAGUGUUUUUGACGCUGUUUCCAUGAUUUCCUUUAACUGAGCUGUUGCACUGUCAUUGACCCAAAUGGUUGUUCUGAUCUACUGAUGUUGUUCUUCACAGAGAAUAAACAAUCAGAUUGA